AUGACCUUCAACUUAGUCGACCUUAAGUCCUUCCUAAUUUCGUUGAAAAACGCCAUUGAAACAUGUUCAGAAUACGACAUAAUACCUCAUAUAGAGCAAGGAGAUCAUAAACCUUUGUGCGUUUGUGAUGAAGCUUUUGGGAUAUGCAAUUGUACAACAACUAUCAUAUUUGGCGAAUACGAAUCAAAUACAUCAGAACCUGUUUCUGACGAUCUGCUGAAUUAUCUUCUGUUAGUAUCUCCUAACACAACAACAUUCUGGAACUUUAAGCGUAAAGCUCUAUUAAACAACAAAUUAUCAGUCAAUCCAGAACUAAGGUUCACUCAAUUGAUUCUAAACAAGUAUCCUCGCUCAUACGAGACUAUAUUUCAACGUCAGUGGAUUAUUCACCGUUACAAUUAUCUAAAUGAUCACGAAUUUCUAUUAUCUGAAUUGAAGUUAUGUGAUAAAUUAGCGGACAAAUAUCGUUGUAAUUAUGGUUUAUGGCAAUAUCGUCGGUUUUUAUUAUCACAUCAACAAAAUCCUGAGACGUAUAAGAUAGAAUUGGAUAAUUUAGAUGUUUGGUUAUCAAAACACCCAACUGAUAUAAGUGGUUGGAGUUAUUUGGAAAGUGUCUUUGAUGGAUUAGUGGGUCAAUCUAUGGUUGUCGCAUUAUCUCCAACGCCAGAUGAUCAAAAAUUGCAAUUGGAAAACUCAAUAAAGAUUAUUCAAAGUUAUUUUGAAAAAGUACAUGACAUUCUAGAGCUUUAUCCUGAACGAGAAUGUGUAUGGAUGUUUCGAAGACGAUUGAUUACAUUCUGGAUCCAAUUAAAUCAACAUCAAUCAUCAUACAAUUUCAAUGAAAGCAUCGUGAAAUUACUUAGUCCAGUGGAACCUUUACUUCCUAAAACAUUAGAUAUUAUUACAAAAUUAGAAUCAUCUAAGAUCUAUUUUACAGGAUUUUCUUUCAAUGAAUUUUUAAAUUGGUUAUAUACAAAUAAUCUAUGCAAAGAACCAUCAUCAUUGAAAUGGACUGAUUUACUUUCAUGGAGAUAUUUAUUUUGGUUAUCAGAAUAUUUAACAAGUUUACUUAAAAAUUUAUAA